AUGGGUGUGAGGGGAAGCAUUGUGUGCACGGCGAGUGUAGUGGCCAGUCGUGGUUACACAAGAAGCAUUGGGUAUUGUAUGUCAAAACAUGCUGUUUUAGGGUUGGUUAGAUCAGCAAGCGCGCGGCUUGGAGUACAUGGGAUUAGGGUGAACAGCGUUUCACCGUAUGCGGUGGCGACACCGGGUGUGUGCAGUUCACUUGGUAGAGAAGUUGAAGAAGUAAAGAAGAUUUAUGAAGCAUAUACAAGCCUGAAAGGGAUAGUGCUAAAAGGGAAACAUAUAGGAGAUGCGGUGCUGUUUCUUGCAUCUGAGGAUUCUGAGUUCGUGACUGGCCACGACUUAAUGGUGGAUGGUGGCUUCUUUACUAGAAUGAGUUAG